AAGAAUUACAAAUAAACCUGGAUGGAUUUAAAGAUGUUAUCCCGGACAUAGAUGGGAUAUGUUGUUAUCUUCAUGUGACGUCUGGUGGUGGGAGGCAGUAAGGUAAACGUCCGGGAUACAUACACACACACAAACACACGGGCUGAACGGGAUGCCCGCGUGACUGCAGGGAGGAAAGAGGCGGCGGAGGAGGAGGAGAAGGGGGGUCUAGGUGUGUGGACAACCGCAAAACCCCCGAGGUAGAGUUGUCAAAGAUCGAAAGCUGUGAGGAAAAGAAUAAUUCAAGCCUGGCUGCUAUUUUUGGUGCAGUUUGAAAAUCGAUGGAGGAUAUUUUUUUCCUGUUCACGUCGAGGAUGAGGACCAAACAUAAGGUCGCGUGAGAGGAGCGCACAAGUUCGAAUGUUGCUCCUCCUGAUGAUUGGACUCACGGACUGACCGGCUCGUGUCAUUUAUGCUUGCUGGGGGCGAAACAACGAGGGAUCAGCUGCUUGCUUUGGGAUGCUUUAAAAUUUGCGGCCUGCUGCUCGGGUCUCCAGUUACCGCAAUGCCACUGGCGAGAGGAGGGAGAGCUGGAAGACAGAAGAUGGAGAGGAGGAAGCAGCAAAAAGCAAAUGAGUAUAACAAAAACAAGUAGCCCCAUUUAUGUGAUUGUGUGUUAAUGUACUCUAUAGGCUAUAGUGGCCUGUGAAGUGCAUGGGGUGAAAUAGACACUGUAUUGACUUAAGCUAUCUUAGUAUCAUGGCCGAAACAUCAGAUGAGUUGAGUGUGGUGGCUGUGAGUGUAUAGUAGCUGCUCAAUUCUCAACUUUCUGCUGACAAAGUUCUUGGACUCACUCACUGGACUACAGUGCGCACCAUGGGCCAUUGCGCAGAACCUAUGGUACCUGGCAGUGGAGAGCUUGGUGCAUAAUUGUGACAGAGUGGAGCUCUGAAGCCAGCAUUUAUGUCUCUCCCUCUUCUGUUCGCCUCCACUUCUACCCACACAACUGAAUUUGGUUUUAGGAACUCAAAGUAAAACUCUCCCAGCCUCCUCCACACACACCAACGAGCCUGACAUGCCUUCACCGUCAGACUCCAGCAGCGUGGCUUCGGCUUCUGGGUCUCGAGGCUGGUCUGACAGCCGCAGGGGCAUGUCGGGACGGGGGCCUGGUGGGGCACGGUUACUCCUCUACUUAGGUCUGUGCCACCUGGGCCUCGGGGCAAUGGUCCUGGCCUUCUCUUUCACCAGCAUGGCCUUCACCUCCUCAGCCCGUGUGAGGCAGUCCUGUCCAUUCUGGGCUGGCUUCUUUGUGGUGGCAUCAGGGAUAGUUGGAAUAAUCUCAUGGAGGAGACCUCUGACGCUGGUGGUGUCACUGUUCAUGCUGCUGUCUGCAGUGUGUGUGAUCCUCAGUCUGGCCGGCUCGAUGCUCUCCUGUCAGAACGCACAGAUGGUUAAGUCAAUGCUCACCUGCCAGGUGGAGAAUGGUGUGUGUGUGUGUUGCGCACCCACUCACUCCUGCUCCAUCACAGAAGAGGAGACCCUGAUCCUAUACCUGAACGCUGACUGUCACUCAGUCAGACAUCAGCUGAAGGACCUUUUGUUCAGUGCAUGCGGUCUCAGCAUUCUCUCCACCAUCAUCUGUACUCUGUCCACUGUGACCUGCAGUAUCCACAUAUUCUCUCUGGACCUUGUGCACCUGCUGGCCCCACAUCGCUCUCGCUCAGUCAACCCAGAAUGCACCACUCCUCAGGACGCCUUCCUGACCAACAUUAUGGACUUUGAGGAGUUUGUCCCACCCAUCCCUCCACCCCCCUACUAUCCUCCAGAGUAUACCUGCAGCUCUGAAACAGACGCUCAGAGCAUCACUUAUAAUGGCUCCAUGGAGAGCCCUGUUCCUCUCUACCCCACUGACUGCCCCCCUCCUUAUGAAGCUGUGAUGGGACAAAGAGCUGCAAGCCAGGCAACAGUGUUUGACCCCCACGGCACUGAGCUGUCUGGAGAGAGAGGGACUUCUACUGCCUUCAGUGGAGAAGUGUCCAUGGACAGUGGAUCUUUGUUGAUGUCAGAGAUUGUGGACAUCCCUGAUGAUUCCUCGCCCUCUGAGGACUCCUGUCUGCUGGAGGUUGCGCUAAGGACCCAGGGGGAGAGGGGCAACAGGAACGUUAGUGAGGGGGGAGACGGAGGAGACGGUGGGGAGUACAUUAGUUUUCGUGGUCCCCCGUCUCAGACGCCAGAGAGUCCUCUGGCAGGAGGACCGAGAGCCAGGAGUUACCUCAGAGGAGAGAGGUCCAACUCCUGCUCUUCACCCAGCACAGCAACCACCACAUACAGGUCUCCAGUAUUGCGUCGGCAGGCCGUGCUAGCUAGUAGCUGUUCCCAGCUAGAAGCGAUAGGGAGGUCAACUUCUCCUCAUCGAUCCUCCAUCCCGGAGUUUCAAGUUCGACCCUCCACUCCCUCACGCCAAGGAACAACCCCAACCUCUUCUGAUCCUCCCAUUUCAUCCUCCUCAGCUGCCAUUGAGCCGAGUGGUGGUCUGGGUAAUGGGUCACUGAUCCCAGGCCAACCAUUGUACCUUCGACGAAGGGCUGGGCAGAGUGAAAAGGAUGGAGAGAGUGUAAGAAGAGAUAGUGAAGGGCUCCUACGUCUUGUGAGGUCACACAGUGAGCCAGGCCUCGGCUCCUCCACUGACACUGUUGACUUUGGCUCAGGAGGCAGCAAAGUAUCUAUAGACACAGGGCCAUCCUCCGAGGCAUGUCUGCUGCCCCGCGCCUCUUUGCCUCCUGCUGCAGCUCUGCCAAGGAAAGGCAGCAUGAAAUCAGCAGCCACAGGGGUGCAGGUCCCCUCCAAACCUCCCCCCACCUCACCACUGCAUUUACCUAAAGACUGCCACCGUUCCCUAGGAGACCUCAAGGUGACUCGGGGUCUGGUGGCACGCUUCCUGCAGCGCUCCAAACGCAACAUAUCGUCCUCCUCCGAGAAUGCUGGGAGCACAGGGCAGGGUCCUAAGAGGAGGAGUGGAGUUGAGGGUGCUGCCAACAACCAUCUGCCCUUGGAACAAGUGUUGCUGACCCCUUGGAGCAUCAGCCGAGGACACCCCAACCAUCACUCCCAUCACCCUCAUCGGCGUGGACACCACCAUUCGCAUAGUGACAGUCGACACAACCGGCACCACGGUAUUCGAGCGCCAGAGGGUAUCCACCUGCGCAGCUGUGGAGAUUUAAGCUCCUCGUCCACUGCGUCACUAUGUCGAUUAGUGACGCCUCAUCCACCGCAUGGGUCAUCAGGAGCUCUCUACUCAGAGUCUGCACUGUGAGGUGGGGAGGAGGGUGAAGGAGGGAUGAAGGAGGAAAAUGGGAUAAAUAUGAGUUGUUAGGAAGUUGGGAGGAAAUAAAUCAGGCUGAUGAAAAGUCUGAGGCAGUUUAGUGGAGAUAUCUAGAUCUGAAAAUGUGAAAGUCUUCCCUCCUUUUCCUCUUUGUCACCUCCGUUUCCUGAAGCCAACUGUGCAAAUGGCCUUAUUCAGCAGUGGUACUCUUUAUCACUAAGAACAUCAGCCCAGAGCUCACACUAUUUCACUGUUUAAAAUCAGUGAAGGGGCACUAGAUGCUUAUUUCUGGGCAGUGUGAUCCCUGUCCUAACAGAAUUAAUCUGAGGCAACCAACAAGAAGCAUCUCUUCUGCUGUAUUCUCCACUCCCUCUCUCAAUACUAAUCUAUAGACAUACUUUUCCUCAAGAUUGGAGACAGAACUCAACUAGCAUUCAUGCUACAACAACCACUUACUCACAUGUACAUUCAGUCUUUUACAUAACUAUGGGUUGCAAUAUGCUUCUGGCUCUUUUGUACAUUGCCAUUCAUCCACAGGAUCGCUCAGGUGAAGUGAUCAUGGAAACCCUUAUUUUGUCUUCCAUUGAUAAAAAAAAAACAGCAUCUCAAUAAACAUAGAGAUGUAAGGAUAAACAGAUGAGGUUUCACAUGAGGACACAUGCUCACACAUG